ACUCCCCUCUUCCCUUUCUCCAAACAGGCGACGAUUUCCCUUCUGUUAGGAUUUGGGGUGCACAUUUAGGAUUUUAAGGAUUCUGAUAGAUGCUGGCGGAACGGGUCCGGGAGUAUAACCAUAGCUGAAUGAAGCCGCGGUUUUAGUGGCUGGUUUCCUGGGGUUUUGGAGCUCUGGUGGUACGGGUUUAGUGGGUCCAGAGGGGCAGAGCUCGAGUGGCUUUUCUUGGAACGAGUUCGAGAGAAAUGUUGCGGAAGGAGUCGAGUCGAGGCUGAGAAACGUCUUACGGUGUUUGGGAGCGGAAAAGGGCGUGCGAUUGUGAAAUUGAGGUGGUUCUAGGAAUUUGAUUUUGGUGUUUCGGUGUAUGAAGCGAUGAGUGCUAAUGAGUACCGGACACCCGGGGAGGUUCUUGGAUGGGCGUCCGAGUAUGUUGCAGGCCCUGGCACUUACGUUUGGCACGAAAAGGUUUAUGCAUCUGUUGUCGGCCUUCUGAGAUUGACGCCAGCCGCGACGGAUGUUGAGGAUCAGAAAUGUGCAGAGACCAACAAUUGAGGUCACCAGAGAGAAGGAACGAGGAGCCGUACCUGAGCCUGGAACAGUCGUUACAGCCAAGAUUACAAAAUUAUUUCCCCGACAAGCUGCGGCUUCCAUUGUCUGUGUUGGGCCUAGAGCUGUUCGAGACAAGUUCACGGGAAUAAUCAGGCAGCAGGAUGUACGAGCUACGGAGAUUGACAAAGUAGAUAUGCACACUUCGUUUCGACCUGGUGAUAUUGUUCGAGCCGAAGUUAUCUCUCUUGGAGACUCUCGUGCAUAUUACCUAUCAACAGCGAAAAACGAGCUGGGAGUCGUAUCUGCUACUAGUGAUGCAGGGGCAGCGAUGGUGCCAGUCAGCUGGCAAGAGAUGCAAUGCCCUAUCACUGGACAGAGAGAGCCACGAAAGGUUGCAAAAGUAAUUUGAGUUUGCUAAAGGUCUCGUCAUGUUCUCAUUAUUCAUUCUUCACACAUGGUAUCACUCCAUGUCUUAGCUGCCCCUAGAUAUAUAUUUCAGUAUGUGCGAGGCUUGACCUUACCACUUAGUCUUCAGCUCAUGUUGUGCACAACUGCAAUUUUGCUCGUAUUGUCCCGGUGCCAUUGUAUAUCAACAAAGAAGAGUGAGCUUGUCUUCAAGUACAGCAAAUUAGCUUCACGGGUUGUGCCUGGCAGGUCAGUGUCAGCUUCAGAUGUCAUGGUUUUAAGAUAUCAUUCGGGUUUGGUAUCCUCCGUCUAUCGCAACAAGAUGAAAUUGAACUCUGGCAUUUCGAGCUGAAAUGGACUGGAAGCGAAUUUGAUCAAACGCUAGAGCCAACAAUGGAGUAAUUGUCUGAAGUUACACGUACAAGUGCACGUUGUCUGAAGGUUGCUUAUGGACUUAUGGGGGUACUUGUCAGGAGGUUCUGUAUGUGGAGCUUAUAAGCCUGCCACACUCCAAGAAAAGUGUUCACCCACAGCUUUUCUGUAUCUAUCAUUUUUGUAUGUUUUACCCCCACCGUCUAUCAGAGAAAGGAAGAGAGAAUGCCGGUCUAGUAAAACCUGCUUGUCAAAUGGUAAUACCAUCAGGAUUUGCAGUACCAUAUGAAGUCCUCAGUCUUGUUGUAAUUACGCGCACGGCCAUGGAGACAGGAAUUCUGAUGCAUACGGUUCCCUUAUGAGCUGUUGUACCAAGUUUUGUAAAUGCUUGAACUCAGUAUUCUGUGGAGUGACGUAAAGCUCGAAACCUGAAGUGAUCAUUGGUGCGUGGAAUCGGCGACGGCCCAUCGGGAGCAACGUUGUCUGCAACGGGGUAAAUCCCAAAUUCAAAGUUCUCCUGUACAAAAUCUAAUCUUUUGCACAAUUGGACAUUGGUCCAAGCGAGAGGUACGAGGUUCACUUGGUCCCUUCAAGUCCAAGGUUCCUGGCUGAAUUGUAGUAGACGUUGUUGAUGCAAGGUUGUUUCACUUGACGGAGGUCUUACUAGUAUUGCGAUAUUCUCUUCAUAUGCAACCGCUGCAAGUCCAAUAUGCUCCUUAAGAUGUGCUGGUUAUUACAGCGCGUGAAUUUGAACCCUCUUCACGUGAAGGUUCCAUAUGGAGAGAUCACUGACCUUUAUAGUCAAAUUAGG